UGUUGAAUGGAUUGAUGUGUUACAAACCCGAUGACCCAAUAGAAUAUUUGGAAAGCUGUUUGCAGAAAGUAAAAGAGCUUGGAGGGGCAGAAAAAGUGAAAUGGGACACUUUUGUCAGUCCAGAAAAGAGGACCCUCCCUCCACUCAAUGGAGGACAAUCCAGGAGAUCUUUUUUCAGGAAUGUGAUUCCUGAUAAUCCUAACUUCCCAUACCGACGGUAUGACCGACUCCCUCCAAUCCAUCAGUUUUCUAUAGAAAGUGACACUGACCUCUCUGAAACUGCUGAGCUAAUUGAGGAGUACGAUGUGUUUGAUCCUGCAAGACCUCGACCAAAAAUCAUCCUUGUUAUAGGUGGUCCGGGAAGCGGUAAAGGAACACAAAGUUUGAAAAUAGCAGAACGUUAUGGAUUUAACUACAUAUCAGUUGGUGAACUGUUAAGGAAGAAGAUCCACAGCACAAGCAGCAAUAGAAAAUGGAGCUUAAUUGCUAAAAUAAUUACUACUGGAGAACUGGCUCCUCAGGAAACAACCAUAACUGAGAUAAAGCAGAGAUUAAUGCAGAUCCCUGAUGAAGAGGGUAUAGUGAUUGAUGGAUUUCCCAGAGACGUUGCCCAGGCAAUCUCCUUUGAGGACCAAAUCUGUACUCCAGAUUUGGUCGUAUUUCUGGCAUGUUCCAAUCAAAGGCUGAAAGAAAGAUUACUGAAACGUGCUGAGCAGCAAGGGAGACCUGAUGAUAACCUGAAAGCUACACAGAGGAGAUUAAUGAAUUUCAAGCAAAAUGCUGUCCCACUGGUUAAAUAUUUCCAGGAAAAAGGGCUAAUCAUCACAUUUGAUGCAGACAGAGAUGAAGAAGAAGUGUUCUUUGACAUAAGUUUGGCAGUUGACAAUAAGCUAUUUGCUAACAAAGAAGCUGCAGCAGGGUCAAAUGAACUUGACUGCAGUCUGCUAAUGGAUUCUGGAGACCCUGUUUAUACAGAAUUUGACUUUGAAGACCAGGAGGAAGACCAGUCAAGUUUUUCUUGUUAUGAGAACACAGGAGAUUUUCCAGAAGAUCUGAGGAAGUCAAAUAUCAUUUUUGUAGUUGGUGGCCCUGGCUCUGGCAAAAGUAGUCAAUGCGAACAGUUAGCCAAGAAAUAUGGAUUUACGCACCUGUCCACUGGUGACCUUCUCCAAAAUGAGUUAUCAUCAUUAUCAGAGAGAAGUAAAUUGAUCAAAGACAUCACGGAGUGUGGUGAACCAGUGCCUGGAGGUAUUGUCCUAGAGCUCCUGAAGGAAGCUAUGGUUUCCAGUUUAGGGGACACAAAAGGAUUUCUGAUUGAUGGGUAUCCCCGUGACCUGAAAGAAGCAGAAGAGUUUGAAAACAAGAUUGGGGAACCAAAACUCGUGUUCUGCCUGGACUGCUCUGCAGAAACCAUGAGCGGUCGCCUUCUGAUGAGACAGAGUGGGCACCACUUUGAUAGUGCUGAAACUACCAAGGAAGGAAUUGAGAGCUAUUGCCAAGCAACAAAACCUGUGAUUGCAUACUACGAGAUGAAGACACAGUUAUGCAAGAGUGACCUGGCCAGGCUGCCGCAAGAGCCAGGACUCGGUUUCGUUUCCCUUUGGACAAGCUCUCCUGCCCGCUGCGACGGAAGGUCCGUGACCCCGGCGGGAACGGUGGUGACCCGCGAUUAG